AUGGCCAACUUCCCUAAGCUCAUCCCCGCCUUCACGGUCCAAGUCGCCAUCGCCCCCCCAUCCACGCUCUCCUCAGCCCUCGUCUUCGUGCCCUUCGUCUCCACCGGCGGCAGCAUCGUCUCCGAACCCAACUACCCAGUGCAGAUCCGCGCGGCGAUCGAGCACGGCGGCGACUUCAUCCGGGUGAGCGCCGACGGCACCCAGGCGCGGCUGGACGUGCAGGGGCUGGCGCGCGACGCGGCGACGGGCGCGGUGCUGCGGUUGAAGUACACCGGCAAGGUGGACUUGACGGGGGAGGUCGGGGCGGUGUUGAGGGGCGAGGGGGACGCGGGGACGACGGGGUUUGGGGAUGCUUUCAACGUUGUCGAGUUUGAAACUGGUGGCGGGGAGUUCGCCGUACUGGAGAACAAGGUGUAUGUCGGGUCGGGACGGUUUAUCCUUGAGCCUGGGAAGCCGACCAUUGUCGAGUAUCUGGUCAGUGAGCUUGCUGCCUAA